UCAGACUGAUCGUAAUCACACAUGGAUUAUGCUUGUUUCGCUGUUUUUUAUUUGUUUUUGCCUUAGAGGAAACUUUCUCAACAACUGUCUUCAAGUGGGCUGCUUUCUAGUAUCAUAGCCAUGAUUUGCCUGUUAAGAUGGACUGCUUUCCUUUGGACUGUAAAUACCAUUCCUUGCACUUUUGGAAUGGCAGUGAGUGAACGAACAGAUGGCUCAUGUCCCCCUCUGAGCGUGGAGGAAUACAGGUUUUCUGAUAUUUUAGAACGUCCCCUGGAAAUCACAGGAUUUGAUCUUACGGAAAGGUUUCUUCUCCGGAAGGGAACAGUCACAGAAGACCUGCCGUCAUUUCGUUUAGGAAGCAGUCCACUCAUUAAACCAACAAAAUUGGUAUUUCCAAAUGGUCUUUCGAGUGAAUACUCCCUUGUCACCAUCUUCCGGGUAAGAAGAACAACAAAAAGAGACCGCUGGUAUCUUUGGCAGAUAUUUGACCAGUCGGGAGGCAGUCAGGUAUCUGUUGUGGUUGAUGGUGGCAAGAAGGUGGUGGAGUUUUCUUUCCAGGGCCUGCUGAAGAACACUCUCCGCUACACGUUUAAGAGCCGUGACCUACAUGCCCUCUUCGAUCGCCAGUGGCACAAGCUGAGCAUUUCUGUACAGAGCAACAUAGCCUCCAUUUACCUCGACUGCAAGCUAAUAGAAAAGAGGCUGACCGAUGAGAAGGACAACUUUGACCCAAGUGGACGCACUCUCAUCACGACGAGAGUAGAGGAUGGGCGGCCUGUAGAUAUUGAACUGAAACAAAUUCUAAUCUACUGUGACCCUUAUAUGGCUGAAAUGGAAAAUUGCUGUGAGCUACUGGAGCCAAAGUGUGAAGCCAAGAAGACAUUUAAUGGGACUUCCCCUCCCCUGGUUACAGCCCAGCUCCCCCAGAUGCUGUCUCAGCCGCCCUUACAGUCAACUGACAGAUGUCACUGUCCCACUGAAAAGGGAGAUGCUGGUCUGCCAGGUAUAGAUGGACAAAAAGGGGAUAAAGGAGCCAAGGGCGACACAGGGGAGGCCGGGCUUCCAGGAAACCCAGGACAUAAUGGGGAACUUGGAUCAGAAGGGCAAAAGGGAAUCGAUGGAGAGAAGGGUCUGAAAGGAGACCCAGGGCCAGUUGGUCCAGUUGGUCCCAAAGGAAACAAAGGCAAUGUGGGACUGCCUGGAGCUGCAGGGCUGCCUGCUGACAAAGAAUGUCUCAAAGGAGAUCAGGGCCCUCGCGGUGACAAAGGAGACAAGGGAAUGGCUGGGGUGCCAGGUCAGCCAGGGGAACCAGGCAAAGAGGGCAAAAGGGGACGGAGAGGAAAGGCAGGGGAGCCUGGACCCAGAGGCCUGCCUGGUCCCCCAGGAACCUCCCAAGGAGCAAGUGUCAAGGGGGAGAUGGUUGAGUCUGGAGUCCCAGUGGAAAAAGGGGAGAAAGGAGAAAGAGGAGACCCCGGUCAGCCAGGUUCAGAGGGGACCAGCGGGAUGAAAGGACAAAAAGGUGACGUCGGCCCUCCUGGUCCCCCUGGUCCUGUGAUGACAGCUCACGGAUUAAGACAGCUCUCUGGAACUGAUGAAAUGAAGGAGAGGACCCUAAAGGCAGAAAAGGGAGAUCAGGGGGAGAGAGGAGCUCAAGGACCGCAAGGCUUCAAGGGAAACAUAGGGCCUCCUGGACUAAAGGGAGAUCAAGGACCAGAGGGGAAGCCAGGCCUGCCUGGACUCCCAGGACUCCCGGGCGAGCCAUGCUCGCCAGGGGAGCCAGGGGAGCAAGGGGUGCCUGGGAGAGAUGGCCUGAAAGGGGAAAAGGGGGACUCUGGUGGAGUGAUGGGGCCACAGGGACCUCCAGGUCCCAAGGGUGAGCCUGGAGAGCCUGGAGGUGGAUAUAUGGGCGAUGGUUUGUCUCUAACCAGAGGGUCUCGUGGGCCCAAGGGUGAGCGAGGUGUCCCAGGAUUGCCAGGAGAUCAUGGUGAAAAAGGAGAACCUGGCGAGAGUGUCAUCGGCCCGGUUGGCCCCAUGGGACCCCCAGGAAAGCCGGGAAUUGAGGGCCCUCGUGGACCCUCAGGUUUAUCUGGCCCUCCUGGAGCUCCAGGAAGGGAGGGCUCCCCUGGUAGACCAGGCCCCCCGGGCCCUGCUGGACCCCCAGGUGAACCAACUGCUCUGCCAAUUGUUGGAGACAUGGGCGCUUUACUUAAGAAUGCCUGCAGUGUGUGCCAGACGAGAGUCCCAGGGCUUCCUGGGCAGAAGGGAGAGAAGGGGUCCCCUGGAACGCACGGAGUAGAAGGCAUGGUGGGAGAAAAGGGGGAUCCUGGUGUAAGAGGUCCUAUGGGUAACCCUGGGAAAGAAGGCCCAAAGGGUGUAAAAGGAGAGAGAGGGUUCCAAGGCCCUACAGGGGAAAAAGGUGAUGAGGGGCCUCCAGGAGUAUCAGGACUUCCUGGUGUUACUGGUCGUACAGGGGCCAAAGGGCCUAUGGGUAGACCCGGGCCAAUAGGCCAAGUGGGAGGAAAAGGAGAAAAGGGGAAUGAAGGAGCGCCAGGCAGACCAGGACUUCCGGGGCCUCCGGGCGUGCCCAGUGCGGAGGGCAAUGGGAUGAGCAGUCUGUACAAGCUGCAGAGUGGUGGAGCUAUUUUAGGACCCCCUGGAGCUCCUGGUGCCCCGGGUCCCAAAGGAGAUGAAGGACCUGCAGGGGAACCAGGGGCCAUGGGAUUACCCGGGAAUGAUGGGCUACCUGGUGCAAAGGGUGAUAUUGGUUUGACUGGUCCACCUGGGAUGACAGGUCCUGCAGGGAAGCCCGGCACUCGUGGAGAGCCAGGGAUCCCAGGAGAGCCGGGUGAGAGGGGGCCGCUCGGAGAGACAGGAUUCCCAGGGCCCGAGGGACCCCAUGGUGUUGCUGGGAGACCUGGAAAAGAUGGAACUCCUGGAUACAAGGGAGCGACAGGUAGACCAGGGGACAGAGGAUCCAAAGGAGAACGUGGUGAUCCUGGGAUUCCUGGAGAAAGAGGCGUUCAAGGCGAGAGGGGUCGCAUAGGAGAUCCUGGCCCUAUUGGACCAAUCGGACCAACGGGGCUAAGGGGCGAUCCUGGCCCUCCAGGACAGUUGGGGAGUGCAAACUUCUUGGGGGAUCCCAGCUUCAUGGCUGAACUCAAAAUGUUGGUCAGAAAUGAAGUCUUGAGGGUCUUUGAAGAGAGACUGUUGAGCGCCGCCAUGCCACAGAAGACGCCUGCAGGAAUCUUAGCUUCACAAUUCCAGGGGCCUCCAGGACCUCCUGGCAAUGACGGUUUACCAGGCCCGCCAGGAGAGCCCGGACCUCCUGGUUCCCCAGGAUACAGGGGUCAGAAAGGAGAACGAGGCCAGCUUGGUCUGGGGUUACCAGGAGAUCCAGGAGUUAUGGGGCCACCAGGCCCUCCUGGGAUCACUUCUCCGGGCCCUCCUGGCUCUCCGGGGCCCCGUGGACCUCCUGGGACAUGUGACCCCAGUGACUGCCUCCUUCCAUCCCUAUGAGCCCAGCAGAGCAGCUCAGGCUGGUUCGAGGAGGACAGGCGUCCGGCUCAGUGCUGCAUCCACAGAGCAGGAGAAGAACGGCCUCUCUGUGUCUGACAGCUCCCUCAGCUCUGGUUAAUCGGACAGACUCACAACUGACCUCUUUUGUUCACUUUACAAUAACGUUUAGAUGCAGUCAGGAUUUUGUUUUUUGUUUUUGUUUUUUUCCCGUCGGCUUUCUUUUGUUUGUUUUCACAUCCCCUACUGUGAUGUAAUGCAUUCCUUGUCAACUCUCAUUACGUCUUUCAAGACCAUGAAAUGACUUGUUUAAAUGCAGUCCUGUCUGAAAACAUGAUCUUAAUUAUUUGUUUGCCUCCUUAAUGGGCAUGGCUAUUCACUCUUCUGUUCUUAUUCAGAUAAGCCAAUGUGCUGGCAGAAGGUACAUCUCCUGUGAGUGUGUGUGUGUGUGUGUGUGUGUGUGAGAGAGAGAGAGAGAGAGAGAGAGAGAGAGAGAAAGAGAUUAGCUGAAUGAAUAUACUUGUUUUAUAUGUAGGUGUGAAACAAGACAAAAGAAACUCCUUAUGCAACCAAAGUGCAGCAGAUGUGUUUGAUAUAUGGAAAUUAUUUAUUUUUAAGCGUGUUCUUCAAGAAUAUAUUUAAAAGAUGGUACUAAAUAAUAAUUAUAGUAAAUGUAGCACGGAUUUUCUGUAAUAUUAUUGCGAUGUUGGAUUAAUUUCUGGAUUACUGAGAGAUUUGUUAUGAAUUUAUCGCUCAUGACAUAUUGCAUUGUGCAUGAUAAUAAUUUUGUUAAAAGGAAUCUGCGGUAUAAUCAUUGACAAAGAUGCCUUCCCAUUUUCUGUAGGUUUUGUGUCUGUACUGAGCUUUGCCAUAUCUUUUUUGAUUUUUUUGUCUAAAACACAUCCAUCAAGAGCAGAUUUUUUUUUUUCCACAUGACAAGAAUGUACUUUGAAUGUUGUUUAUGUUUAACGAGUGUGACUCACAUUCACCUACUUACUGUUGGUUUAUUCUGUAAAUAAGUUGGACGAGUGGGCUUGUAAUGGGACCUGACAAUAUAAUUACAUAAGCAAGUUGCCAUUGCAAUGACACAUCAAGGUUCUCACUUUUGUUAUCAAUCAUACAUCGCUGCAAAUAUUUAAGAUCUUUGUGUGUGUAUGUGUCUGAGAAGAUGAUUAUUAACAUUUAAUUGUUUACAAAGUGUUGUGUAUGAUGAUUCCUCUGGUUUGUUGUAUGUAUAUUUUUGAUUUCGAGCCACACAAAGGAAAUCGGACUACUACACUACAACGUCAGAUGUUUUAUAUUGGUAAAACAUGUACUCAUACAUGUACUUGAACUUCUUGUUGUUUGUUUUAAUAGCAUCAUGGUCUACAUCCUGUUUUUCUUUCAUUGCUGACCAGCGCUGUGUGUUGCUAUGUAUCGUUGCGUUUUGGGGUGUCUCAUGACUGGAGUUUUGAUUUUUUUAAAUUUGUUAUGACGGGUUUCAGAGUCAUUGUUAUGUUUUAAUCUCAGAAGGUUUUGAGUCAGCUUUAUUUAAACAAGCUGUCUGAUAUUAUCAUAUCAUAUUAUCAUAUGUGAAAGGAUGAAAAUCUUACGUACCAUCACCCUUUGCAGACAAAAGUUCCCAGCAUUGAAACUUUGGAUUGAAAUGAAUGCCCUGUUUGAAGAUUUUUAAAAGGAAAUGUAAAAAUUGUUCAUCCAAAAAUGUACCUAAACUUUAUAAUCACUCUAAACAAGUACCUUUUUAUAUAGCAGAAAAACACAAUUGGCGUGUAGUUUAUAUCACUUCCCUCCUCCUCAUCAUCAUUUUGAGCGCUGUUUAAUGAGAGUUUGACUCAAAGGCUUUAAUUUUACUUUCAAGUGUCCUGCUGUGAUUAAUGUUUGAAAAGUUCUGUGGGCGUAUCUGAAAUUCUGUGACAUUAGGAACCCGGCCCUAUCUGUAUUUCAUUCUUUAAGAUCUGUUUGACACUUUUUUAAAAGCUCAUGCUUCUCAUACACAUGUGAAUUAUAACUCACAUCUCACUUUGAAGCUGCAGAACUUUUUUACAGAUAUUUUUUCUCAGUGUGCAGGCUUGGUUUUAUCUCUGUUAAGUUUUUAUCAGUGUGAGUGGGUCUAAUUUUAGAUGGGUAAUGGAUCAGAUGUGUGCAACUGACUUCAUUUGUGAGUUUAAAGAGCCCCCUGCUGGACAUGGAUUUAUUUUCUCAUUGCUUGUAAUGUGAAUGGAAAACAAUCUUUCUUUGGGUUAUAGGCUACAUAAAACCCCCUCCUUCUAUUGGCUUCUGUCCUUUCAUCACACUAAUUUUCAUAUUCGGUUUAAUGGGUUCCCCUUGGAGACAGUAAUGCCAACCUUGACCAAAUUAAAAUGAGACGGCAUCUGCAAACUAAUAUGAUCCAAACUUUUUGUUGCACUGAUGGGGGCAACUCUCUGCGCAUAUUGAAUUUAGCUUAAAUUGAUAUCAAUGUGCACCGGUUUGUGACUUCAAUUUAGCUAAACAGUAUGAUAACUAGGGAGGACACAAAAUGGCUGCUGAUGUCACAGCCCACUUCACUAGCAAUUUGGUGCUGGCCAUGUUACAUGGCUCCAAGUUAAAAUCCAUUUAUUCUAAGUGAAAUUGUCAGAUGAAAGCAAGCUGAAAGGAUGGAGGUGUUAUAGGUUGACACAUCCUUCAAAAUGAAAUGCUGUUAUACAUCUAAAACAAUAACAUCAAUUUUAUACAUUCACAUAUUUCAUUAUUGUUUGCUAUUUUUUUCUUUUUACAGUAAAGUAAGUUGAUCCUGUUGCCACAUAUAAUCUAAUCUUGUAAAUAAGCUUGUAAUAAGAGGGAAUAUGGAUCAGCCCCUCAGCAUGGUCCCUCGGAUUAAAAAUGUCUGCCUGCUGCUCUCACUGUAACUCCUCUCUGCUCCUUUAUAAGCUCAUGUUGUGCUGAGUGACUUUAAUGUGUGUGUUUUUAAAGUCUUUGAUUCAUUGAAUAUCUACCUCAGUCUUGGUUUACCACACAUCUACAUGAUUAGCUAUUUUGGAAAGAAAAAUAUCACAACACUAACUGGUGCCUUAAAAAAAAAAUGCUUAAAGAAAAUAAGCAAUUGAGACCUCAUGUGUAAAAGAAAACCGAUAUUACAGUCCUGGAGGUUGACAUCAGUAUUAGUCAGUUUCCCGGACUCUCGAUAAAGAACAUGAUGUCCCUGUUGUGGAGGUUGAUCCAGUGUGAAUGUGGUUACCAGGUAUCAGAGGUUAAACUUUACUCUUUUCUUUGCACCAUCUUUGAUUCACACUGAUUGUUGGCAUCUGCCUUACACGUGUGCAAUAAAUGUUAUUCAGUGCUUUA